GGUCUCUACAAUUUGAUUGGAAAACCAUGGUCGGCUUCCAAAUCGGCGACGUACCCUUCAACUCCGACGGCUGGGGUCCACCGGAAUCCACCGACUCCUCUGUACCUGUUCUUCCCAAUCACCCUGUCAAUGUCCCCUUUGCACCGUUCUCCCGCUCCGACAAACUUGGCCGGAUCGCCGACUGGACGCGAACCAAUUACAACAAUCCUAAGUACCCCGCCAACCGCAAUAAUCCGGCUGACUCCGCCUUCGACUUCACAACGGAUGAUUCGUUCGGCGGUGGCAUCAACGCCGAUGAGGACUCCACCUUCCGCCUAGUCGAUGGCAAACCCCCACCACGCCCCAAAUUUGGGCCUAAGUGGCGGUUCCAGAACAACCGCAACCAGCUCCCGCAGCGCCGUGACGAGGAAGUGGAGGCACGUAAGCGUGAAGCCGAAAAGCAACGUGCUCGCCGAGAUCGUUUGUAUCAUGCCAAUCGGUCUGGAGGUAAUAACCCUAGACGUGAAGCGGCGGUAUUUAAAUCGUCAGUUGAUAUUCAACCGGAAUGGAACAUGCUUGACCAGAUCCCUUUCUCGACGUUCACCAAACUAUCGUAUAAUGUCCCUGAACCUGAAGAUUUACUCAUCUGCGGUUCGUUAGAAUCGUAUGAUAAAAACUACGACAGGACGACACCGAAAAACGAACGCCGAUUGGAGCGUUUCAAGAACAGAAACUUCUUCAAAGUUACGACUACUGAUGAUCCCAUCAUUCGCAGAUUUGCCAAUGAGGAUAAAGCAACGGUUUUUGCGACGGAUUCUAUACUCUCGACGUUAAUGUGCGCACCUAGGUCAGUUUAUUCUUGGGAUAUAGUAAUUCAACGUGUUGGGAACAAGUUAUUUUUUGAUAAACGUGAUGGAUCGCAGUUAGAUUUGUUAUCAGUUAACGAAACUUCUCAGGAGCCUUUGCCUGACGCUAAAGAUGAUAUCAAUUCAGCUCAUUCUUUAUCUGUUGAAGCUGCUUAUAUAAAUCAAAAUUUUUCACAGCAAGUUUUGGUUAGAAAUGGGAGUAAGUUAAGUUUCGAGGAGCAGAAUCCGUUUGCAUGUGAAGGGGAGGAGGUGGCAUCUGUUGGGUAUAGAUAUAGGCGAUGGAAGCUUGAUAAUGAUACCAAUUUGGUGGUUAGAUGUGAGGUUCAGAGUUUUCUGGAUGUCAAUAAUCAGAAGUCCUUCUUCACUUUGAAUGCCUUGAAUGAGUUCGAUCCCAAGUAUUCAGGUGUUGACUGGAGGAGGAAGUUGGAUACUCAAAGGGGGGCGGUUUUAGCGACUGAAUUGAAGAAUAACGCUAAUAAAAUAGCCAAGUGGACUGCCCAAGCGAUUUUAGCUAGUGCUGAUAUGAUGAAAUUGGGUUAUGUAACUAGGGUUCAUCCUCGUGAUCAUUUUAAUCAUGUUAUAUUAGCAGUUGUUGGGUAUAAACCAAAAGAAUUUGCUGGGCAGAUCAAUUUGAAUACUUCAAACAUGUGGGGAAUUGUGAAAUCUAUAGUGGAUUUAUGUAUGAAGUUGAAUGAAGGCAAGUAUGUAUUGGUUAAGGAUCCACAGAAGCCUCAAGUGAGGAUCUAUGAAGUUCCUGCUGAUGCUUUUGAGAAUGAUUAUGUGGAAGAGCCGUUGCCCGAGGAUGAGCAAGUUCAGCCUCCUUUGGAAAACGGUAAUGCUGCUGAUGAAAAUGGAGUCACCGAUGAAGUGGAAGGCAAGGAAGUUAAAGCUGAAGCUUAGAAGGUGCCCACAAAUUACCAGUUUGAGCUUGGAGAUGCAUUUUUUACAUGUUUCAGCAAAAGAAAGUUGACUUUAUUUCUGACCCUUUAUUGAUUGAUUAUUCUGUAACAGAGGCAAAUACUUGUUUUUUUGCUCAAGUUGAGGAUCUGAUUUUGUGGCUUUUUUUUAUUUGGUUUUCUUAUGUAAUGGGAUUCUGGCAUUUUCACGUGUCAGAUACUAAUUAAUUUCUUCCAGAUAUUCAUUUAUUUUCCU